CGCCCCCGCGCCGGGCCUCGGGUCCUUCCGUGCGCGUUGAUAUGAUUGGCCGGUAGAGCGCGAUCCUCUUUUCCUCCUGUGCAGCUCGGGCACCGUAGCCAUCAUGAAUGACACAGUAACGAUCCGGACCAGGAAGUUCAUGACUAACCGUCUGCUUCAGAGGAAACAGAUGGUUAUUGAUGUUCUUCACCCUGGAAAGGCAACAGUACCAAAGACUGAAAUUCGGGAGAAGCUAGCCAAAAUGUACAAAACCACACCAGAUGUCAUCUUUGUGUUCGGAUUCAGGACCCACUUUGGUGGCGGCAAAACCACUGGCUUCGGCAUGAUCUAUGAUUCUCUAGAUUAUGCUAAGAAGAAUGAGCCCAAACACAGACUUGCAAGACAUGGCCUCUAUGAGAAGAAGAAGACCUCCCGGAAACAGCGGAAGGAGCGCAAGAACAGAAUGAAGAAGGUCAGGGGCACAGCAAAGGCCAACGUUGGUGCUGGCAAAAAGCAGAAAUGAAAUAUCUAGCAGUGAGUGGAGAUUGGAUACAGCCAAAGGAGUAGAUCUGCGGUGAUUUGAUCUGCGGUGGUGUACAGACAAUUUCGGGGAGAACAAAUAAACUAAAAGCUUAUGUGUCUGGA